UCGUUUCUUCAUUCCAUCAAAAUUCGGGCAUUCCCGGGCGCACAGUUGUACAGUGUGAACCACGGCUCGGCUUUCGAUUGAUUUUUUUCGUAUUUUUUAUUUCUUCAAGAUUUAAUCAUAAGCGUGGCUAGCCAGGGAAUAAAAAGGAAAAUGAGUAGCUCCGAGGAGGUUUCUUGGAUUUCCUGGUUCUGCGGACUUCGUGGCAAUGAAUUCUUCUGUGAGGUGGAUGAGGAUUACAUUCAGGAUAAAUUCAAUUUGACCGGGUUGAACGAACAGGUGCCGAACUACAGACAGGCACUUGAUAUGAUAUUGGAUCUGGAACCGGAGGAUGAGAUUGAUGACAAUCCGAACCAGUCCGAUCUGAUAGAACAGGCGGCGGAAAUGCUGUACGGGUUGAUCCACGCACGGUAUAUCCUCACCAAUCGCGGCAUAGCUCAGAUGAUAGAGAAAUAUCAGAGCGGCGAUUUUGGCCACUGCCCGCGGGUGUACUGCGAGAGUCAACCGAUGCUUCCAUUAGGUUUAUCCGAUGUGCCCGGCGAGGCGAUGGUGAAAAACUACUGUCCUAAGUGCAUCGAUGUCUACACACCAAAGUCCUCGAGACACCAUCACACGGACGGAGCCUACUUUGGCACCGGUUUUCCUCAUAUGUUGUUCAUGGUUCACCCCGAGUACCGCCCAAAACGUCCCGCCAAUCAGUUCGUGCCGCGCUUGUACGGCUUCAAGAUCCACUCGUUAGCCUAUCAAAUUCAGCUCCAGGCUGCCGCCAACUUUAAAGCGCCAUUACGAGGGGUAAUGAACAGCAAUCGUGGCCCUUUGGAAAAUGUAUUAGUAUCGAAAGCUCCGAAAACUGAAUGCAAAGCUUAGUCGUUUGAAUUGAGAGUUUGCACCUGUGCAUUGAUGAAGUGCUCGGCGAAGGUCAUCGACAACUGAAGCACCGGACGCCGGACUGAGGAAAAAGUAGUGUGACAGGAAUCCGGCGGCGGCGGCGACGGUGACAACAGCGGCAUGGGAAGAAGCAACGACAAUGAAGAAACGGACGGACACACGGCGACGUAACAACCAGCCAGCUUCGACAUCAAACAAUAAGUAAAAGUGGAAUCAACAACAACAACAAAUAGUUGUUGCUGUAAAAAAAAAGAAACACUGGGAGAGUAAAUUUCUAGGGGUAAACAAAACACAAACAAAUGUAGGGGAGAAACUAAAUUUUUAGAUAAAUAAGCGAAAAACAGAAGAUAACACAUUAGCAAAGGUAAAGAAUAACAACAAACCAAUUGUACAUCCUCUAUACCACCAAAUACCAAGCAAAAGGAGUAUGCAAAGUAAAAUUGAACGAUAAAAAUAGCAUUGUAUUGAAAUUUAGAUGAACAUCUUGAUAGACAAAAAAACAUCAUUCUGUAACACUCACUAACAUACAUUAACAUACGAGAACUAUUGUCAUGUUUUCACCAUUUCGGAUUCCAAAAGCAGAACUAAACAUCUCUGCUUGAGUCGAGUAGUAAAAGUAAAAUUUUUAAUGGGUGUUGCAAUGUACUAAUUGGAAUACAAAUUUUUGAUGAAAUUGGAUCAAAAAGCGUAAAAACAAAAUAUCAAUCGGAAAGCAAACUAAAACAAAUGAAUUGAGUAAACAGAAGCGAAACCAGGGUUAAACCGAAAGUUGGGAAAAAAACUGAACCAACUUUUCCGCAAAACUAAACAACAAAAUAGGCAAAACAAACUGUGCAUUUCACUCCACUUAUUUAGCCCGGCGCGGUGACUGACCGCGGUAGGGCACACGCGUCGUCAUUUUCUACAUCCCUUUUGUAUAUUUUCCUUCCGUAACGGAGCAAAUCCUUUUUACUACAGACAGACAGAGAACCGGAGAAACUGAAUAGCCAAACACUUCAAAAUACCUAUGCUUAGGUACUGGACGAAGAAGACCUUUGCUAUUACAAUUUCGAGGGAAGCAGUGAGAGACCCAAAACAGAAAACUUCAUUUAGUAGUGUGUUAAGUUUUUUUCGAUUAACUUCCGAAACCAAUCAAGAAGGUAUUCGAUGUGUUUUUGAAACAGGCAGACAGAUAACAUAACUGCUGCUGAAGAGGGGAUGAACUUUGUAAAAAAUACAAUUAGUUAAAAACAAUCGAGAGCAAACAAAGAAGAAAAAAAAACAAGAAUCGAACCGACCUGAAAGAGCUAAUGCGCGUCGUAUCGACUGCCCCCAUUUGGAGAAUGAAUAGGCGAAGCAAAUAUACAUAUUGAUGAAAAAACCAUGCAUUCAGAGAGGCGCAGCAGCAAGCAAUGUAUCUCAACCAGCAAAAAACAAAAAAACAAAACAAUUAUCCUAGCGCCUAUAGGACAGAGGAAAAGGGACAGAAUCAACCGGAGAGGAUGCGCAUUCUGAUCGGAUAUUUUGGGAGUUAUAGCGUUUAAGUAGGCGUUUUACAUAUACAUACAACUGCAGGCUGGAGGAGAGGUGUACCUACCGACUUCCCGGCAAUAAUAGUUUAGCAACUAGGCGGAAUCGCAGAUAUUUGUUUGAUGAUGAUUCACUACGGAAAAUAUCAUUAUGAGUUUAAAACUAUUACAACAGCAAACCGAAAUAGAUAACUAUUAUUUGCAAAUUACACACACUACAAAUCAGUAACUGAAAUAGAAUAAUUAUUGCUCUAAUUUUAUUAUUAUUAUUAUUGCAGGAAUGAAUAAAUUUUAAUAAA